AUGGACACAACAGAAGACUCGCAAGACCCGAUUCUGCGCCUCUUUCUGUAUUGUUCCCACCAUGCCUUGUUUCGGCCGAUUGCAAGACUCAUCAGGUUCUUACAACCAAUGCUAGCAGCACGCACCGCGGCGUCCGCUAUUGUAGCAAAAAUCUCCCAAGACCCUGGCCUUCCAUGUUCCAAUCCGACCAGUGCUUUCUGGCAAAGUCCCCCAGACCCAGAUCUCUCCAACAUCCAGUCCCCUGUGCUCCCGGAGAAAAGCGACGUUGUCAUUAUCGGAUCGGGCAUCUCAGCAGCAAGUAUUGCACACCACCUCCUCACACAGGAUCCCAACAUCACCGUCGUCAUCUGCGAAGCGCGCACCAUCACUUCUGGAGCAACUGGGCGAAAUGGCGGCCACAUCAUCGAUUUGCCCUAUGAUGAGUACGAUGCGGAGGUGAGCCUACUGGGCACCGAGGAGGCAAAGAAGCUUGUGCGUUUUCGGAUGGGCCAUCUGCCGCAACUGGUCGAAUUUGCGGAAACGCAGUUGAGCGAGAAGGCGAAGCUUUAUAGCGAAAUUCGAACCGUGGAAACCGUCGAUGCCUUCUUCGAUGAGGCCGUCUGGACACACAUGCGCGAGCAAUUCAACAACUUCCUCACAGAUUUUCCAGAGCAGAGUAAAAGGUGGCGAGCUUGGGAUGGCGAGGAGGCCAAGAAGAAAUUUGGCAUGCCGCGUGUCUAUGGCGCCAUCAGUGGCCCGGCAGGAGCCAUCUGGCCAUAUCGCUUCGUCACGGGUGUGUACAAGAACGUGAUGGAAAAGUGUCCCGGCCGUCUGAGCAUCGAGACGAACACGGCGGUCGUCAGCAUCGACACCGCCCAAUCUGCCAGCGAUCAUCCGUACCUCGUGCACACAUCUCGAGGCACGAUCCGAUGCAGAAACAUCGUACAUGCGACAAAUAGCCACGUUGGGCAUCUGCUGCCCCGUCUACGCGGGAGACUGUUCCCACUCCGAGGACAAAUGACUGUGCAAAGUAUGACGGGGCCGACUGCGCCGGCGAACGUUGGCCAUAAGCGAUCCUGGCUGCUUCGACACGGGAAGGGAUAUGACUACAUGACGCAGAGCCCAUCGACCGGCGACUAUUAUCUCGGCGGAGGGGCGCUUCAAGGCAGCAAUGGAGGGCUUGACGCCAUUGGAAAUCCCGCGGACAGCCAGCAGGACUUCACCGCACUGUGCCAUCUGCGUGGACUCCUGCCCAUGCUGUUUGAGCAGGAGUCUGUACAGCCCGCGCCGAACGUGAAUAUGCAGACUUCCUGGACGGGGACCUUGGGGUUCAGCAGCGAUGGUCGACCGUGGGUGGGCAAGAUACCGAGCAAGAUGACCGAUCGGCAUCCUCAUUUUGCUGGACAUGCCACUGGCGGGGAGUGGAUUUCCGCCGGGUUUUGUGGUAACGGAAUGGUGUACUGUUGGCGAUCAGGGCAGGCUCUGGCAUCGAUGAUGCUCGGCCGGCAGCCCGAAUACUUCCCAGAGUCACUCCGCAUGACGCAAGAGCGGUUUGACAGUACGGCCGCCGAUGAUAUGGCGAAUCAUUGGCUUUCUUUGACAAUGUAA